UAAACACCUUCACUGUCUUCGGUUCAGCUGUUUAAAAAUGAAAUUUUUACACAUUUUAACCCUCCUGCUGGUGGCUUUAGUGGCCUAUACCUCGGCCCAAAGAUGUGUGGGAAGACCACGCAAUCCUUCCUGUACUGGUCCUCGCAAUGUGGGUCGUCGUGGCCGCGGUUGUACUCCUCGUACCAUGUGGUAUUAUGAUGCUCGUGGCCGUCAAUGUCGUGAAAUGCGCUAUUUGGGUUGUGCUGGCAACAACAAUCGUUGGUGCACUCGUGCCGCUUGUGAACAGAGAUGUCGUCGUCGUUAGACUAUAAAACCGGUUCAAUUUUAAGAUCUACUAUAAGUCGAAAAUAAAAUUUAUAUUAUAAAGCAAAAAA